AUGUCGGUAUCUUGGCCACCCCGCGCAAUAGACAUUUACCCACGGCAGAGUCCAUAUUGCCUCGAAGCCUCUCGGCUUAUAGAUCACCAUGGCCAGUGUAAGAACGACCUUCAAACAUACCUAUCUAGAUCAACCUCGUCCCAGGAAAUCGGUGUUAUACCAUCGACGCAGUUUAUCACCAUGAAGCCUCAAGUCGUUCUCUUUCUCGCCUCUCUUCUUGCAGCAGGGCAGGCAGCAAGACCCUGUCCAGCAUCUCCUGAUCCAACUUCCUGGCAGAUUUCCGAAUGGACCUACGAUGCGCCCGAUCGAUCUCUACCAGGACGGGCAGGGACCGACUCGGUGAUUGGUCUCUAUCUCUCCACGGGCGGCACAACGUACAGCUGCUUCGGAAUGUGGCCCGAGGAAUGGAAAGGGUUUACUCAAGACAAAUCCGCUUUGUUCUGGAGCAGUUGCGUGAACAUUUUUGGCAGGCCAAUCGAUGACACGGUUAAUUUUGCGAUGGACUGGGAGAAAAGGAUUUUGUAUGCGAGUCAUACUUUCAGUUGUGAGAACGAAGAGGUGUCUGGAUUGGCCACCGCAUCCAUCGUCUUGCCUACUUCAUGCGAUAACACGGGCUCGGGGGGCAACCCAACGCGGUGUUUGACGACGUCGAGGCAGAUCAACCUCAACACAACGCUGCAGGCGAGAGGACAAAGCCCUUGUUCUUCAGCACCCGCAUCAGGGAGAUAUCUGGAGUCUUGGGAGAUCAGAAACCAUACUAGUCUGUACGAGUCCACGCCAGAAACCGAGGGCAACUUGUUUGUUGCUGUCAAUACAGUCACAAACGAGAUAUUUGAGUGCGCCAGCGAGGACCCUGCCGGAAAUGGUGUUUGCACUCCGGUGGGUGCGUCGGGGGGGUUGACCAUCGCCUCAUUUAACCUGGAUCCCGUCAGAAAGCUGCUUACAAUGCGCCAGGUUUGGGCUUGUGGCAGCGGAGUUGGCACGGUUGAAGCGCUUGGGGCUGCCUCUGUUCCUGCUCCCUGUUUUGAAGAUGACGUUCCUAUAUGCGAGUCGAGCAGAUUCUGGGUUGGUGGAAGCAAGGCAUGA